AUGGCAUCCAUCUCGCAUUACAUACAGUACUUCCUCGGUCGCCUAUUUUAUCCCAUACGAGGCCAUGACUCUCGCCAGUUCAUUUUCAGUCCUGCAUUUAAGGAUAUCCCAACACCAAACAUGACUCUUGAAUGUGAGGAAUGUGGACCGUCUGGCUCGACACUACUUCUGCACCAUACAUCCUUCGCCAAAGAUGGCGUUGGUGCCAUUCCUGAGCUCAAGUGGUCACCUCCGACAGACACUGAGCCAGUCAACGAAUAUAUCUUGCUCAUUGAAGACUUCGACAUACCAAUCCCAUUCCUUGUCAUUCACCACGGUCUUUUCUGGGGUAUCAAGCCCACCGAUCAAGCUGUGACACCGCUACAUACCAGUGUUUCAAAGGAGAACCCGAAAUGCUUAACCAGCUCAGGAUGGCGUUACGUUCCCAACGUGCGAGGCGCAUCUUAUAUUGGAGCCGGUCCUGUCCUCGGGCAUGGAACCCACCGCUAUGUCUUUACAAUCAUUGCUUUGAAUGAGAGCCUCAAGUUUGAAUAUCCAGAGAAAGUCAGCAAAUCAGACAUCCAGAAAGCCAUCGUUGGCAAGGUCAUCGGUUGGGGGCGUUGGGUCGGCGUGUUUGAGCGCCCGUGGCCUCAAUAG